GCGAGCUGGCGUCCCACUUGGACGACGGCGAGGCUUUCGUCACCUUCCUUCAACAGGAAGGCUGUGCAUCCCCUUUGGCCUUCGAGACCUUGGAGCAGGUCCGCGGCGUCAUGGGCAGCUUGAGGAUGCUCUACCAUCGCUUCGCCGUUUCGGGCCUGGCCUCACCAGAACUGAGCCUUGUGGAAUCCACGGUCGAUCGGAUCAAGAGGAGCUGGUCUACCGCACAGGCGGCUGUCUGCAAUCGCACCGGACGCCGGGCCUGUCAAAGCAUCCCACACAUCUCCUGCAUGGUGAACGUUUAA